AUUUCCUUAACCAAACAUGCCAACUCUUGCUUCAACCUCCGGUCGGAGCUCACCGACCGAUCAGGCAACACAGACAGAGACCACCAGGAGAAGAAAGCAAACGUUUUACAGACCGCGGGAAAGAAGAAAAAGAGACGUAAAGCGACGCUCCAACACGAUAGGCCUUAAGAAGAAAGGCCGAUUUUAAGGGAAGGGGAAAACGAAAAAACAAAUCAGUGAGAAUUGAGAAGUAGCGUUAAUGGCGGAGGAGAAAGAAGCGUCUUCGAGUUCCCUGAACCAAGGCCUGACUCACCGUGAACCGGACCCGGACGACGACGACGACGACGAUGUUCUCAAGUCUGCUCCUGGUUCCCCGAGCUCCUCCACUCGCAAGGCUUGUUAUGCUGUUCUUCAAAGCUGGGCAACUAAGAAGUUCGUGACUGGAUGCGUCGUUCUGUUUCCAGUUGCGGUGACCUUUAUAGUGUCGUGGUCGUUUAUCCAGUUGGUCGAUGGUUUCUUUAGUCCGAUAUAUGCUAAACUUGGCAUCAACAUCUUUGGUAAGAAUUUUCUGAACGGACGAUGGUCAAUCUGCGGCCUUGGAUUCCUCACAUCACUACUUUUCAUUUUCUUUGUGGGCAUGUUUGCUUCAUCAUGGUUGGGUUCGACUGUCUUCUGGCUUGGGGAAUGGUUUAUAAAGCGGAUGCCAUUCAUGAAGCACAUCUAUUCAGCCUCUAAACAAAUAAGUGCUGCUAUCUCUCCUGAUCAGAAUACUACUGCAUUCAAAGAGGUUGCGAUUAUUCGUCAUCCUCGUCAUGGUGAAUAUGCAUUUGGUUUCAUCACAUCAUCCCUUACCCUUCAGAGAGAAGAUAGAGAUGAAGAAUUGUGCAGUGUUUAUGUCCCAACAAACCAUCUAUAUAUUGGGGACAUCUUUCUGGUCAGUGCUGCCGACAUCAUUAGACCAAAUUUAUCCAUUCGGGAAGGCAUAGGUCUGCUUCCUACUACUCCUCCUAAUUCUUGAUGUGAUGCUUUAAGCUUUUGACUUUUUCUAUUUGCACUGCACGCUUUACUUUAAGUUUUCUUAAUUGCUACCAGAAAUUAUGUCAAGAUAUGAUUAGGCCAUAACCAUUUACAAGAUAUUGUUAUGUCAAUACGACUUCAGAUUUGAUUUUGGUGAGGCUAGCAUGGGUUCAACAUUUACUCAUUUAGUGCCCGAAGUAGAAUUUUUUAUUCUCUGAAUAGGUAUCAGUGACUGAACGGCAGUUAAACUUAACAACCUUAGAGAAAGAGACUUAAAAAGUAAACCAAAUUAUGGCUUGCUUUCCCAUGAAGGCUUUACGUAUUCUGGGCAAGGUUUUGCUUGAUGUUCCUGGUCGACCUCAUUUAUAUGUUCCGCAUCUCUUUGAUAUUGCUUAUUGUUGCUAUCCUUGCACCUCUUAAUGGUAUGUAUGUAUGUUUCUCUUGUCUAUUGAACCAGAGAUCAUAGUUUCAGUGGGCAUGUCGAUGCCACAAAUGAUAUCUGCUGUGGAAAGGGUUUCGCAUCAUCAUCGUCGCAGCAGCAUAAUCCCCCUAACCAGAGUGGUGUGAAGGUUACAUCAUAUCUCUCCCUGUCACCUGCAUCUGACUUUGUGGAUGAUUGAUUAAUGUAAAGAGCACAGUUACUGUAGUCUCACCACAUGCAUGUUCAACUAGCCGGAAGGUUACAUCAGAUCCGUCUCGUGCAUUAUCAUAGGUUCAUUGGAGUUUCGUUACUCCAAGAUGUGAUUUU